AUAUAUAUAUAUAUAUAUAUAUAUAUAUAUAUGGACACAUAUCAGUUUUAUUGUCAUGGCUUGACAUAAAACACGUUAACCCAUGUGUGUGUGUGUGUGUGUCAACUGUUGGCAGUUGUAUUCCUUCCAUACAAAAAUUAUAUACUACUGAUUGGUUGAUAUAAGUAGUUGUACACCAUUCACAUCAACCAGUACAGUUUGUUAGACUAAUGAAUGAAUCACCAUACAAUCAGAUGAAUAUUUCAUUGAAGUACUUGUACUCUUCGAUUUAAUAUAGUAACCAUAAACAUCAGAUGAGAUCAAAGUCCAUUUCAGUGUUAGCAUAAAAUCUACAGAGAUUGAGGUAACAAAGAUAUUGACAAGAACAGAGAAAUCAUGAUUUUUAAUUUUAUGUUGUUCUUGAUUGCAUUGCUGAUCAAUAACUCAUUUUAUACAACAGCGAUAGUCCCGAAGCCGUCAAGUUACAUAAAACCUUCGACAGUCUGUUAUUUAAAUCGUCCACUUGACAUUAAAAAUAACUAUUCCUCAUGCGAUAUAUUGUCAGAAGCUGUGACGAGAUUUGAAAAGCGUCUGGAAUUAAAACAUCUGCCAAUUUCUGAAAAAGUUGUAGUCACAUGCAAUAUAGACAACUUGAAUAUCAAAAUUGGAAGUGGAUGUGACGAAGGGCUAGGUCAGCUAUGGCCCAAUGCAUCAAUUGAUGAAUCAUAUCAAGUGUGGAUAGAAGAAUCUCAAAUUAGCAUAGAGUCCUUCGAGGUUUGGGGUGCGUUACACGCCCUCGAGACCAUACUUCAAUUGGUGUACCAGGGUGAAUAUUCAGGGAAUGUUAUAAUUACAGGAUCUUUGAUGGACGAACCACAAUUCGGACACCGUGGAAUGUUGAUAGAUACUGCAAGGUACUUCUUGCCACUUAAUGUCCUGGAGAAAUUAUUAGAUAGCAUGGCCAUGGUGAAGAUGAAUGUGUUUCAUUGGCAUAUUACAGAUGAUCAAUCAUUUCCCUUUGUCUCAACCACUUGUCCAAAACUGACAGAGAAGGGUGCAUAUCAUCAGCUGAAGUGCAUAUAUAGUGACGGAGAUGUGAAAAAUCUGUUGGACUAUGCCUGUCGACGUGGGAUUCGUGUCAUUCCAGAGUUUGAUACUCCAGCGCAUACAUUAUCAUGGGGGAAAGGAUAUCCAGAGUUACUAACAAAAUGUUACAACGGCGCUCAACCAAAUGGAAAGUUGGGUCCAUUGAAUCCAGUCAAUCCAUCGUUGUAUGGGUUUCUGAAGAAAUUCUUUGAAGAAAUAGUCCGCAGAUUUCAUGACAAUUAUAUUCAUCUUGGCGGGAAUGAGGUUGACUAUGAGUGUUGGAGUUCGAAUCCAGAAAUAACUAAAUUCAUGAAAGACGAGAAAUUCGGUGAGGAUUAUUAUCAAUUACAUAGAUAUUACUUGGUGAAACUUAUUGAGAUUGUUAAGAACAUGAUGACGACAGACCCUGACUUACCGAUCACUCCUAUUGUCUACCAGGAGAGUUAUGCUGACGAAUGUGGAACUGACUUCAAAACAAUCAUUCAUAUCUGGAAAACUGUAGAAUGGGAAAAACAUGUCUACAAUGCCACUCUAGAUGGAUAUAAGGUUAUAGUUUCUGGUACAUGGAAUCUGAAUGACAUACAAUCUGAUCUUGAUUGGAUGAGAUAUUACUCACAGAAUAUCAAAGAGUUUGGAGCAAUGCACAACCUACAAAAAACAAUCAGGCGAUAUGCUGAUUUGGUUGGAUGAUACUUUUCUCAUCUGAUGUCGAAUGAGUUCACAGUCCAAUUCACAAUU